AACAGAGCAGUGUUGUCCGAUUCUAGUAAAAUGCUACAUGCAAGAUCAGACGACAAAUUAGCAUAUUGCAAGAACAGUCCCAAGUUUCACGUGAGUGACUGGCCAGUUGCCACAACUGCAGACAAAUUUAAUUUCAGACUUGCGCACUCUUCAACCAGUCCACUUCCGUGUUAUACACCUGCGAUAGGUAGGCAGGACUCUAAAACUGGAUACACCUGCGCCACGGGUAUUUUACAGUAUACAUCAGCGAAACCAGACGAACCCCUCAUAUUUUAUUCUGCUAAGGAACUAAACAUAUUAUCUCUUGGUGCCAUGAGUAUGGAAUAUAGACUUUGUGAACUGGCAACGGUGUCCUUGCACGUCAAUGACCCGGAGACUGACCCUGGACUGGACGAACAUCCAAAACAUGAAGAACGAAUAAAUGUAUGUGAAGGCGAAGAGCUGUUUUUACACACCAAUGUCACAGCAAACGGAGAAUCGUCGACAAAACCUGUGCGCAAAUUUGCGGAGACCCCUGUAGGCAGCGGUGCAGACUCCUUAUCGGCUUCAGAAGAAGCGAAACUGUGUCCAGAACAUGAAUGCGAACUACAGUUGUACUGUAAUACAGAAAGAAGACUGAAAUGCUCGCACUGUGUGUUGGAAGGAGCUUGCCGGGGUCAUACAGUGACAGAGCUGGUUACCCGGGCAACUGUAGUAAGGAAUCAGUUGGUGGAUGUCUGCGAAAAAAUGCAGCUGCAAGCCCUGCGGAUUGAACGAUUCAUUGACCGUACACUUACAGCAAGAGAGAAAGCUGUACAGAUAGAUGCAAACAGUGCAAGAGAACGAGUGUUGGCUCAGGUGAAAGUGGUGCGUGAGGCUCUUGAGGAGGAGGAGCAGCGUCUCCUAGAGGCCAUACAGAGAGAAGAAGAGCGAGUGGAACAGUGCCUCCUCACUCAGAGAGCACACUGGACUCACACUCUGGAGAAACUCGCACGCACACGCACCAGCCUGGUGCACUCACUCACAAACUCAACGGAUGCCAUGCUUGUGAGCUCUAAUGAGGAAAUUAAUGACAGGAUUGAGGAUGCAGAGGGUGUUGGUGAACCUAGAGACACAGAGCAACUGAGUUUGAACAGAGGCUGCAGUGACAGUAAACUCAUGGUGGGUUUAUGGGCCAGUGCAUUGCUGCUUGGGCCGCCUGCCCACAGUUCAAUUAUGCUACAUUUUGAAAAACAAACGGUCAGUCCUCUUCUUUCCCUCUCCAACGAUCAGCGCACCUUAACUUUCCUGCCCAAACGUCAGCGUCAGUUACCCCCCUAUGAUCCGGCACGCUUUGACAGCUGGCCUAAUGCCCUCUGCUCCCCUCCCAUGUCCUCUGGUACUCAGAGCUGGGUACUUGACGUGGGCACGAGUGCAGCCUUCAAAGUGGGUGUAUGCUAUGCCAGCAUAGAACGCAAGGGGUCCGGCAAUGACGCACGGCUGGGCUACAACUCAAAAUCGUGGGUGCUCUCGCAUUAUGAUGGAGACAUGUCUUUCUGUCAUGCUGGAUGCAGUGUGGGUAUUGCAGUGGCUAAGAAGCUCAGGAGACUGGGACUGCUGUUGGAUUGGCCCAGUCAGACCCUGCUGUUCUAUGAUCCUGAAUCUAUGUCUGUGCUGCAUGUAGUCAGACAUGCUUUCAGCGAGCCGCUGCUGGCUGCCUGCGCUGUGGCUGAUCAAAGCAUUUCUAUAGUGCACUGAACACCGGAAGAAUAUUAAUGAAGGUUCUGAAAAUCUCAAGAUCUUAAAGGAAUGGUAGAUGCAAUGCUAUGCAAUAUCAUUUGAACCAACAAUAUUUUUAAAAAAUUUUUUACAUUAUCUGUGCCAUUGAAGACCCAUAUAUGCAUUAAGAAGAGAAAGUGUGAUAAUGUCAACAACAUUGUUUAAUUAUAAAGAAACUAAUUUGCCUAAUCAGAAGUUAAUCAGCAAUUCCUUGAUUUUGCCAAUCUGCUUAAAAGAGUGCUAAAGUGCGUAAUUUAAAUAUUUUUAUAUUUAUGCCUAAGUUAUUGAAACUUAAUUUUAAUAUGAAUUCUCCAUCUCUUGUAAUUUGUUUGUGUUCAAAUUAGUGCAAUUAUUGUUGACUAUUUGUAUUUAUUAUCUGCAUUUCAUGUGAAACUUACUUAUUUGUCUGAAACAGUACACAACAUGGCUGAUAUUGUGCUUUCAUGUGACCACAUGAGGCUCUGAUGUCACAGGAGAGCAGGGAAAUAUUGGGCAGGAAACUGUUCUGACCUUUUAUCUGAUAAUGUAUGUUAAGUAUUCAUGCAAUAAAUUGUGGACUGAAAUAGUGAAA